CUAGAAGUUAUGAACGCAGCCCUGUGCUCAUUAUCACGGAACAGCUGAAUGGAUUGGCAUAAGAAGUCAGUGUGUUUUGUGAUAAGAAGGAAAGCUUGGAGCGUGGGAGAUUUUGUUUUUGUCAUUUGUGGGUGAUUGUGUUCUUGCGGUAUUUUUGCUGAUCGGCUUCGAAAAGUGCUUAAAAGCAGGCUAAUUUUUGUUAUCCAGGAGUUGAGUUUGUUGAAUUUUUAACAGCCAAAAGAAAAUUGUUGUGCUUUCUCUUCCAGUUUCCCGUAUCCAAGUAAAUGCUGUUGCACUAAGGUUCAGAAGCUAAGGUUGCAAUGGCAUCAUCUGAGAUAGUACCCAAGUCUGGGUCUGUGCAAACUAUUAAGUAUAGUGGUGCUGAAACCGAGUUUUGUGCCAAAGUUGAAGCAGAAACUGUAUUAGUCCACUGUAAGGAAGGAAAACACAGUCAUGGUAGUUCCAAAGUGAAACUCACGGAUAAAAUUGACUACAAUUGGGAAUUUCGAUAUUACCAUGGAAAUUUGGUAGCCGCUCAUAUUGGCGGUAAAGUGAUUGCGUAUUGCAUGAAAGGUAAAGAUGGAGGAAUGGUCAGAAUUACAAACCAGGAAACUGGUGUGAGAACCCUGAUAAAAAAUCUCAAAGAAGAUAUCAAGGAUUUGGCGUUUGCCUUUUCUAGAGAAGAAAUAAUUUUGGGAUGUGUUGACAGUGAAGGGAACAUACUGGUGUAUCAAAUUGAAGAUGGUCCCCAUAGUAUAACAUUCUCUUUGCUCUUGCACGUGUUUCAUCAGUCACCUAACAGGGGUAAAGCAAACUUCAGACUGAUCUGGUGCCCGUUCCUGCCAAGCUAUGAAGAAGACGCUGACUCUAGCGAUGAUCCUGAAAAAAUGUUUGUUGUUCUCAACGGAAAUACAGCUGAAGUUUUCAAUGUGACAAUGCUAAAUGCAAAAUAUGGUAAAGGAAACACUCUUGAUCCAAACGAUACCUAUGAAGGGUACAUUCGUAUCCCGCACACUGCCGAAGUAAUAGAUGCAUCAUUUUCUUCCGAUGGUACAGCUCUCGCUAUCGCAUCAACUGACGGCUAUGUAAAAUUUUUCCAGUUGUACAUGCUUGACGAUGAGAAGCAGAAAUGCCUACAUGAAUGGAGGCCACACGGCGGUGAAGCUUUAUCAUCUAUAAUAUUUAUUGACAAUGUACUGGAAUACAGCUCUGAGUGUUGGAAGUUUGCGAUUACCGGUGCAAAUAACAACUCGGAAAUAAAGUUGUGGUCCUGCGAGAGUUGGGUUUGCCUCCAGACCAUACAUUUCAAGUCUGAUCCUUCAAAUCUGAUAACCGCUCUGUAUUUGAACCUGUCCAUUGACUAUACUGGCCAGUAUCUUGUAGUGUCUGAUAUUAACAACUGCGUCUUAUAUUUACUCGAACUAAAAAGAAACGACAAAGAACAGACUGUAUUUGUGACGAUGCUUUCGCAAUUUCUGCUCCCUGCGGCUUUUCUUAGCGUCCAUAUCCUCGAGGCUUGCACGAAAAACGUACCGAUACUCUACAACAACAGCAAUGAAGACUUGUACCAAGACCCAGACGAUUACGACGAGGGUGCGGAAAUAGCCGUCACUUCUUUAAAAAUGCUCGUCAUUCAACCGAAGAAGUUUCAGGAGUGCAACAUCGUCUUUCACCCGGAAACGAUAAUGUACAGUGCGGCGAACGUUUCCGACGAAAUACAAAACAAAUCCGCCGAAAAGGAGAAAGUUCCGAAGCUGGACGAUCUGCAGGAGUCGGUUACGUUGCUGAUUCAGCAACACAGCAACUCGAAUCUGGCGUUGAUGACGCCGGACGACUUCACGACUCCGAAUAGCGAGAGGCCGAAGAGCGCGAGAAACGACAGCUCAAACUCGAAAAGUAAAAGUGACGGCAACGACAACAUCGACCUGAUCGAUUUCCAGCGGCCGCAGAAAGAGAAUAAUUUCGCGAGCGGCGGCUCGAGCCCUAGCAGGGAGGUGCAAGAGAUCCUGUCGUGCAACAAUUCGACGUAUAGCAAUCAGGAUUAUUUCGAUAAUCUGACCAAAAUCCAAGAUGCCCAAGAAGAACCUCAGAAAGACUAUAAGGAUAAAAAUAGCUUAGCGUACCAAGAUCAGACGGAAUUGGUGUGGCCCAAGAUACCGGUCGUGAAAGAAAACGAGAUUAAAGAGGACAGGAUCUAUAAGGAGUUGAGGCUGCAAUCUGCGGAAAGUACGAGCCAACUGCAGGCGCUCAACUUGCGUCUCGGCGCUCUCGAGACGACGAUUCGGGAACAGAACCUCUUGAUACAAAAACUCGACCAGGAUCGAAUCGAUAAGGACGAGUUCGUCAAAGAGUUGGAUUGCGCUAUGUCUAAGCAACAAUUACAAAUUGUUAAGGUACUGGAAAAUCUGAUGAAUGCCGAAAAUGGUAAACACCGAGAGCUACAAGAACAACUCGCGACAGCUGUAACGCAAUUCCUUGGCAAGUCCUUGGGAGAAAAAAUACAAAUAUCAGUCGCGCACGAGAUGAAACAUGUAAUUUUACCUGCAGUGCACAACAUGGCCGAAUCGUAUAGGAAACAGAUAGACGCACAGUACUCUCAGAAACUGGCCAAUACUGAUAUUAUGCUUAGGGAAAAUGUGGCCAAAGCAUUCAAUAGUAAGGCACUAGCUGACACGCUGAGUCAUUCGGUUGUUAAUAUUGUAGCUCCUAGUUUAGAAAAAUGCUAUCGUGAUAUCAUAUCUUCGUCUUUAAUUCCUUCCUGGGAGAAAGUUUGUGGAAAAAUGUUCCAGCAAAUCAAUGAAACCUUCACCAAGGGUACCAAAGAAUAUACUGCGUCCGUAGAAAGUUAUAUGGAUAGACAAAGACGGGUACAAGAAAAAGGCAAAGAUCUGAUAGUUCAGAUGCAGUCCGUAUCAGAAAAUAUGAAGACGAACGCUGAUAAAUUGACGAGUACCCUAACCUCCGAAAUUCACAAACAGUUUAAUGCCGUGUUCAAAACGAUGCAGGAUAAAAUGACGCAUAGCAUAAAAGAGGUGGUUGCAGAUCAAGUAAAGCAAGGAUUCAAAAACCAUGCAUCCGUUAUAGAAGACAGUGUCAUAAAUGCAGUGAGAUCUAGGGCUGUGACACCAUCACCCAACAUUGAAUCUCACGUAACGAUUCUGAAUCAGAUUCAACAACAUUUAGAAAGAGGAAACUACGACGGAGCUUUCCAACUAGCAUUGAGCGCUGAAAAUCUGGAGUAUGUGAUAUAUGUGUGCGAGAGAGUAGAUAUUCACAAAAUUUUUGGAGAAGACUGCGUGUUACAACAAAAUUGUCUGCUAGCGCUGAUCCAACAACUCAGUAUGGAGUUACAUAAAAACACGGAGCUAAAGUUAUGCUUCAUACGAGCCGCAUUCCUGGCACUGGAUCAGGAUUAUCCAAAUACGAAACAUUUUAUACCAAAAGUACUAAAAGAGUUGUUAAAACAUCUUAAUUUUUUUAUAAAAACAAAUCCGCAGGGAAAACAUAAUAUAGAAGCACAACUAUUAAAGAUGGCUGUAGAAAGUAUGAUGCGGAAGUGACGGCCAGUUUAGUUAGGGUGUUUUUCCACUUUCCAAUUAAAUUCGUCAACAGCGAUGUUGGUUUUUGACUUUUAUGGACUCGGUAUGAUUGGAAAGUACUUGGCUUGAUUUUUGGCGUACCGCGUACUCAAAUUUUCUUUUUAUUUCAUAAUGAAAAUGUCAAAUUGUCAUUUUAGCUUACCGAGAAGGUAACCGGUUUAGACCUGUUAAUCACUGCAAUAGGUUAUGUCAUGGUCAGUGGGAUUUAUUUAUUAAGAACUGGAUUUUGGACACAGGGUAUCAAGUAUAUUUUGUUGCUGAAAUUGCAGUGACAAAACUGAUCCUAUCAUCAUAUUCGCAGGAUUCAUACUUCUGAAUAACCACAACAAAAUUGGAGUAGAUUGGUUAAGUAGUUUUCGAGAAUUUCUAAUUGUUUAUCCCAAAACACCUGUUUUCUGGCCAUCACUACCAGUUUAUUGAGAAAUAUACAGCGCAUUUUAUAGCAAAAUACACCAGUUCACCUUUCCGAUAUGAAUCGCGAACCAUCCCGGAAGAUAAAUGUUAUUUUUAUGCAAAAAAGGAUGGGUUACGUUUUUUCUUCUAAACAAAUUCAAGCAUUUCCCAUUUGUGAGGAAUUCGCAACAAAAGAUGAUAGACACAUAUGCUUAGUUUUGAAAUGUUUCUCGAAUAUCUUCGAUUACUCACAAAUACGAAAUGUUUGAACGUAACCUUUGUUUUUCGCAUAAAAAUAACAUUUAUCUUUCGGAAGGUUUUGUGAUUCAUAUCGACAAGGUAAACACGUGUAUUUUGCUAUUAAAUGCUCCUUGAAUGAACCCUGUAUAUUGCUCAAUAAGCUAGUAGUGGGAUUUCAAGUAGUGACGUGAAAUUAUUAUCGUCGCAAAUUUUGCCUCGUUUUUCGACCAUAACAUUUUUAAUAUCAGUUGGAUCUUUUUGUGUGGUCUCAUUUUGUAGACCUCAUGAAUACGUAAAAAUCUUAUUUGAAACGUUUUUUCGUCCCUGUCAACACUUUCGAUUGAAUCCCAAAAAACACGUUUUCUCAUUCUUUGUUGUCGAAUAAAGUUUUCCCACAAAAAUUGGUGUACCCAUUUUAUGCGUCCAUGUUUUAAAUACCACCUUGAACAACUUGCACCAAUAAAACCAAACUUGACAAUUAUUUUGGGGAAAUUUGCUGAUAUGUUUAGACUUGAGAAAUGUUGAAGUGUUAGGUAUAUUUCCUCGAUUUUUUUUAGUGAAGAAUUUGUGGAAAUCAUUUUGCAGUGUCUGUGAUCCAUUAUAUAUUAGGACAUAUUUUUAAAUCUUUAGCAUUGUCUUUUUAUUUUAAAUAUUCAUGACUCAAAGCCAGUUCUGUUUUUUUUUUUGAGUAAGUACUUUCCAGCCAAGUGUAUAUAUAAAAAAAAAUGUUCUGAAUUAGUGCAUACCCACUUUUAUUUUUGUAUCUCAAAUUGAAAAUUUGUUUUGUUGAUACUGGUACAAAUGUGCCAACAAGUUUUUAUCCGAAUAAAUGUUACGACAAAACUA